AUUCUUUUCUGUAUAAUUAUAUCAGCCAUUUCCUUCCGAUUAUAGUCAACCACAUAUUUUCCACUUCUCGCCGGCAUGGAUUCAACUUUUCCGAUGAGAUAAAGCUUUGCUGCCUUCAUCGUCAAGGUAACUUUUUUUCUUGUUCAUUUUCAAACUCUAAAUACUCGACCAUGAAAAACUCCGAACCAGAAGAAAAUCCACCACUUUCUUCUGCCGAAACAGUCGCCGACAAUCUAGAUCUUCUUAAUGAACUUCUACUCCGUCUUCCUGCAAUGUCAUUACUCAAGUUCAAAUGCGUUUCGAAACAAUGGCUUCACUUCAUUUCCGAUCCCAAAUUCUGUACCUCACACACUCGCCUCCGCCUAAACCCUAGCUCCGCCUCUCCCGCCGGAUUGUUUCUGGACAAACAGUUUAGUUUUAUCCCUCUCAACCCUCAAAAAUACGAUGAUCUAUCAAAAAAAAUCCACGCUCUCGAUUAUAUGAGUGGUGAAAUCCAGAUAGAACAGUCGUGCAACGGCUUGCUCCUUUGCUCUUCUAACGAGGAGCUCGACUUUGAAAGCUGUAUAUUAAACUCCUGUCUUUAUAGUAAAGUUUAUUUUAUAUGUAAUCCCACUACUAAGCAGUUCAAGAGAGUUAAACUUCCUAAGGAGUUUGAAUUUUCUGUUAGGGCAGUUUUUUUAGCCUUUGAACCUUCUAAAUCUCCUCACUAUAAGCUUAUUUCUUUGAACUCAAUUCCUCACACGAGACGACUACAGCUUCGGAUUGAUAUGUAUUCAUCAGAGACGGAUUCUUGGAGUUUAUUAGGUAUUAAUGUGCCUCUGGUUCAUGACUUCUUCCCCCGUUUGAGAGGCGUUUACUACAGAAACGCCGUUCAUUGGCCUCCCACGAGGAAAUUCGGAAACUGUCUGUAUUUUGAUUUUGAAUCAGAGUCGUUAAAGGAAAUGCCGAAACCUCCGUUGUACCUGGCCGGAGCAAUCGGGGGAGAGCUUUACUAUUUCGGAGAGUCUCGAGGGCAUUUGCAUCUCGUAAUAGGUAAUCCAAUGGAAUCUAUAUCGUUAGAAUUCGAUGUUUUGGAGAUGGAUACGGAUUAUUCUCAAUGGUCAGUGAGGUACCAUGUUGAUCUUGGUUCUGUAAAAAUGGCAUUUCCGGAGUUGGCUUGGUAUGUUCGAGGAGUUGUAAAAUUUUCUAUUCUAAGUAUUGUACUUUGUGGUGAUGAUUAUAAGAAUGAAGAAGAAGAAAAUGCCAUUGUUGUGAUUUGUGUAGGUGGUGUAGUUGUGGCCUACAAUAUCUGUGAUGGCACAUCAAAGAAGCUUUGUGAUUGUGAUGUUAGAAAAUGUGGUGGUAGAUGGGAUGAUGAUGCUGAGAACUUGAAGUGGUAUGAUGCAUUUCAGUACUUUGAUACCUUCUUGCGUUUCUGAAUAAUUUCUGAUAUGAUCAAUGUAUCUUGUGAAAUUCUUGCAUCUCUUGUAUUUUGUUAGUGUUUCAAGCCUCAUCAAUAAUAUUUAUGUAGUGUGUGGUUCAA